UGAUUGAUGAAAUCCAACUUUUACAUAUGUAAGCGCUUAUAUCAUCUUAAAAGUGGCUUUCAAAAACAUCUACUUGUCUAGUAUAAAUAUGUCUUACAUGAAUUAUUCUAUUCAUUGUACACCUUACAAAUAAUUAACAUCAUCAUAACCUUAAUCUUUCCAACAAAAAGAACAUGGAAUCCAAAGAUCCAAAGCUUCACUUUGUAUUGUUUCCAAUGAUGGCACAAGGCCACAUGAUUCCUAUGAUAGACAUUGCAAAAAUAUUAGCACAAUAUGACAAUGUUAUUGUCACAAUUGUAACAACACCACACAAUGCGUCACGUUACAUUCAAUUAAUCCAACUCGAGUUUCCGAGUAAAGAUUUUGGAUUACCAGAAGGGUGUGAGAAUCUUGACAUGCUACCUUCACUUGGAACAGCUUCAAAUUUCUUCAAUGCAUCAAAGUUUCUACAACAAGAAGUUGAAAAGCUAAUUGAAGAGUUAAAAUCACCACCAAGUUGCAUAAUCUCUGACAUGUGUUUGCCAUACACAAUACACAUAGCUAGAAAAUUCAACAUUCCAAGAAGCAAUAUGUGGUCACAUUUUUCAAUUGGAGGAUUUUUAACACAUUGUGGUUGGAAUUCUACUAUAGAAGCAAUAUGUGCUAGUGUGCCUAUGGUUACAUGGCCACUUUUUGGGGAUCAAUUUUUGAAUGAAAGUUUAAUUGUUGAGAUAUUAAAAGUAGGUGUGAAAAUUGGGGUGAGGAGUCCUAUGAAAUGGGGUGAGGAAGAGGAAAGUGGUAUGUUGGUGAAAAAGGAAGAUGUUGAAAAAGGUAUUGAAAAUGAAAGUGAAGAAAGAAGAAAAAGGAUUAGAGAGCUUGGUGAGAUGGCUAAAAAGGCUGUAGAAAAAGGAGGAUCGUCUCACUCUAAUUUUACAUUGUUCAUCCAAGAUAUCAUGCAAAAAAAUAAAGAUAAGAUGCCAAAAUCAUUUGCCAAUGGAAAUGGCAAUUCAAAAUGAUAUAUAACACAUUCUUAUUCUUACCAAAAGAAUGAAAAGACCUUGCCAUGCAGUAUUUCUGUAAUUUGCUACUUUUAAUUUGGUGUUUAAUUAAUUGCAUACAUAUAUUGAAAAUUAUAUUUUUCUCUCUCUUAA